AAGGUGGAGUACCUUAAUUUACUUGAGGGUUUGUGGAGUAAACUGGCGCAGCAAACGGUGGACAGUCGACAGGUUAAUAAUCAGCACUAUGCAGCGGCACACAGUAGGUAGCCGAAGCUAACGAGCUAAGUGUUAGCGUCGGAGCGGAGCGAGGAUGGCGGAGCAGGUUCCACCGCCGGGACAGCUGCUGCCUCUGCAGUCAUCUGGACAGGGCUCACAAAGUUCGGACAGACGGAAUUCCUCAGAUGAGAACGGGCAUGCUGACAGUCCCGAUGAGACUCUGUCGCCGACCUCUGUGAUAUAUUUUAAAGAGGCUUUAAACUCUUCGAACUUCAGGCAUGGGAGCGUUGGUUCAGCCGCGCCGCUUCGACCGUUUGACUUCCACAUUGAAAGAAUCGAAUCAAAGCGCAGAAAUCCCAAGGAUCCUAUUGCCAUUGAAAGGCUCAACUUGAUGAACAUGGCUAAACUGAGCAUCAAAGGCCUGAUUGAGUCAGCUCUUAACCUUGGACGUACUCUUGACUCGGAUUAUGCACCCCUCCAACAGUUUUUUGUCGUGAUGGAGCACUGUCUAAAGCAUGGCUUGAGAACUAAGAAGACUUUCCUUGGGCAGAACAAGUCAUUUUGGGGGGCGCUGGAACUGGUUGAGAAGUUGACACCCGAGGCGGGCGAGAUCACAGCGAGUGUGAAAGACCUGCCAGGCCUUAAAACCCCUCUAGGAAGGGGCCGUGCAUGGUUACGACUGGCCUUGAUGCAGAAGAAGCUCUCUGACUACAUGAAGACCAUCAUCAACAGAAAGGACCUGCUAAGUGAAUUCUAUGAGCCAAAUGCUUUGAUGAUGGAGGAAGAAGGAGCUGUUAUUGCUGGGCUUCUGGUUGGCCUUAAUGUUAUUGACGCUAAUCUAUGUAUGAAGGGAGAGGACCUGGAUUCACAGGUUGGUGUUAUUGAUUUUUCAAUGUACCUUAAAGAUGGCGGGCACAGUAGUAAGAGUGCAGAAGGUGACGGCCAGAUCACAGCGAUUCUCGAUCAGAAGAAUUAUGUGGAGGAGCUGAACAGACACUUAAGUGCAUCAGUAAAUAACCUUCAGGCCAAGGUGGAUGCUCUGGAGAAAUCCAACACAAAACUAACAGAAGAACUUGCAGUGGCAAAUAAUCGGAUCAUCACCUUACAAGAAGAUGUGGAAAGGGUAAAAGAGGAAAGCGGUUAUCAGCAGGAGUCCAGUAGAAAGGGACAAAGAAGCGACUCGGCAUCAGAUGGACAAGCACUGUGUGAAACACGCAAGCAGUUAAAAGAGGAAAUCCUGCUUCGAUUGGACGUGGAGAAAGAGUUGGAGGUGCAGAUCGGAAUGAAACAAGAAAUGGAGUUGUCCAUGAAGAUGCUGGAGAAGGACAUCUGUGAGAAGCAGGACGCACUGGUGGAGCUCAGACAACAGCUGGACGACCUACGCGCCAUCAACCAGCAGCUCAGCCACAAGUCACAGAGCUCAGAGGCCAGCUCUAGACAGAAGAGUGAAGCCAUCAUUCGCUUGGAGGAGAAGAUAAACCUGAUGACUGUGACCGUAAAACAGCUGGAGACCAGAUACAAACAGGCAGAGCGAGAGAGGGAUCUGGCUUUAGAGGCCACCCGCCUCUUCAAACAGGACUUUGGAGACAAAAUCAACAGUCUGCAGAUGGAGGUGGAGCAGCUGAGGAAACAGAGGUCAUUUUUGGAGAUGGAACUGAGGAAGACAAAAGAGCAUUAUACCAGUGCUUUGUCUCGACCGUAUAGCCGCCCUCAGAAGGAAACCAAGCCCCUGGAGGUGCCAUCAAAAGAUUCUGUGUCAGUGAAAAAGCAGAAUGAUCAGUUACACACAGAUGACAAAGCGAGUCUGAGCUCUAGUCCGUCUUUGUCGCACAGUGAAAUUGAGGAUGAACAGGACAAGUCUGUCAUAAAGUUCAGUGAGCCGUCCAUGUGUUUGAUGUGUGAAGAGGACGAUUCCCUCCUCAGGAUUAAGAAGCAGUGUAAGAACUGCAGCGGUGUUUUCUGUGAAAGCUGUGUCGCUAAUGAGCUGCCGCUGCCUUCAUCCAUUCGCCCAGAGACUGUGUGCAGCGCCUGCUACUUGGUGUUGCUGCAACAAUACGCGUCAACCCCAACAUGAGGGAUAAAAUGAAUAAUCCACGUGUGAUAAUACCAGCAGCUUCUGUGUCCAAAACUCACACCACAGCAUCAAACUGCUGUUUGUUGUUAGAGAUCUGAUGGUGUCCUGAAGUCGCUGUGGGAUCAUUUUAGUCCCAACAAGUAAGCAAGUGCACGUGCAGGUCGCCUCAGAACUUUAUUUAUGCAAACAAAUUAACUCAGAAUAAAUGGGUUGCUUGUCGAGAGCACUUUUCUUCCUUAUUCAGGCAACACACACCAGGAGCAACUAGAGGAUUAAGGACCUUGCUCAAGGGCACCUUAGUGAGUUUCCUGCCAGACAGGAAAUAAAACAGAGGCUCUGCCUCUCUCAAUUUACUGAUAUAAAUGUAUAUUUGUGAGUGAAUGCAUGAUUGCUGUAACUGACCAGC